ACCCUUCUUGGAUCCCUCCCCCUUCGCACAAAACUCUUUCUUUCAAAACCUCAUUCUCUCUCUCUCAUGUAACAUAGAGAGAGCUUCUUCCUUUCUUCUUUCUUUUUUUUCUUUGUUUGGUCGAAAGCUUCUUCCCUUCUUCGUGUCUUCUUCGUUAGCUUUUCAUGGCUCUACUCACUUUCUUACCAGAGCAAACAGAGCAUGCGAAACAACCGUCUAAGCGCAAGGGAAAGCAGCAAAAGCAAAAACAAAAGCAACCAUCUUCAUGGGACCAAAUCAAGAACCUACUAACUUGCAAGCAGAUCGAAGGAUCAAGCGUACACGAUCCAUCAAAGAACUCUAAUAAUAUUGGAUACUCAAAACUAGGUUCUUCUUGUAGUUCCAUAUGCAGUUUCAGGGACAUUGUACAUGGCAACACAAGGGUUGUUCACAGAGCUGAUAAUUCACCUGAAAGUAGCACAGUGGGUCAAGAAACUGGUCUACUGAGUCGAAAAGCUACGGGUGGAUCAUCAACUCGGACGUUGGGUGGUUCAGGGAGAUCCAACGGCGGCGCAACUUACUCCUCGCACGUAUCAUCUUCAAGAGGCAUGCAAUUCAGGAAGCUUUCUGGCUGUUAUGAAUGUCACAUGAUCGUUGAUCCUAGCAGGUACCCAGCUCCAAGGACUACGAUAUGCACCUGCGCCCAGUGUGGAGAGGUAUUCCCAAAGACUGAAAGCUUGGAGCUUCAUCAAAAAGUUCGCCAUGCCGUAUCGGAGUUGGGCCCGGAGGACUCAGGUAGAAAUAUUGUUGAGAUCAUCUUCAAAUCAAGCUGGCUAAAGAAAGAUAAUCCGAUCUGUAAGAUCGAACGUAUACUAAAAGUCCACAACACGCAGCGCACAAUCCAACGGUUCGAAGACUGUCGAGAUGCAGUGAAAACACGUGCACUUAACAGUACCAAAAAAAAUCCUAGGUGUGCAGCUGACGGUAAUGAGCUACUAAGAUUUCACUGUACGACACUUUCAUGCUCGCUCGGCGCACGUGGCUCAUCCAGCUUGUGUGGCUCGAUUCCUUGUUGCGGUGUAUGCACCAUCAUAAGGCACGGGUUUCAAGGCAAGGAGUGCAAAGGUGUACGCACCACGGCGAGUAGCGGCAGAGCCCACGAUUCUCUGCUUGGUUGUACGGAUGGGCGGAGGGCUAUGCUUGUAUGCCGUGUGAUUGCUGGGAGAGUGAAGCGUGUGGCAGAUGAUACGCCGCCAGCUGAGGAAGAGGCGCUGGCAGCUGCUGGCUCGUAUGAUUCAGUAGCCGGGUAUGCUGGGAUUUACUCGAAUCUUGAGGAGUUAUUUGUUUUUAAUCCAAGGGCUAUCCUUCCUUGCUUUGUCGUGAUUUACAGUGCGCUUGAAUCUUGAUAGGAGGUAAAUCAACGGUUAGCGUUUAAUUGUGAUGAUUUGGCCUCUCCUUGUGUAUAUUAAUAAAAAAAAUUGUUAAAA